CCAUAUAUGUCGUGUCGUCGUGGCUAAUUCUUCUGCCACCCACCGCAAGUCCGCUGCCGAGUUUAGUAUGUAGAGAUGAAAUGCCGCUGCCGUCGAUGGUGCUGCAGUUGCCACGGCUGGGCCGAGGCGCCGGAGUAACGGCGGCGCCUACAUCCAAAGUCAGACUCGGCAACCUCAACUACCUUGGGUGCCGCUGCAGGCGGCGCUCCGCCUCGUCCAGCAGCAGAAGCAGCAGAUGGUUCUCCUCCAACGCCGAGAAUCCCGGCCCCGGCACCAGAGAAGAUACCAGGACUAGUGGUAGGAGGUGGUGGUCCGACGACCAAUUCGACGUCGACGAGGAGGAGGAGGAAUUCGAUAGCGACGGCUCGUUUGGUUCUGCAAGGGAGAUAUUCGACGAGCCAUGGUUUACCAAGGUGUUCAGGGUGUACGGGUAUGUGCUCCCGGUGCUACUGGCGUCCAUGCUGGUGACAACGGGGCCACAGGCUUUCCUCAUGGCCAUGGCCAUCCCGCUCGCCCAGUCCGUUCUCUCCUUCGCCAUUUCCAAGAUUGGUUCAUUUGGCCGGCGCCGCCGUGACGAAGAAGAGUAUGACGACGAUGGUUAUUAUUCCGAUUAUGGUAGCGGCGGCUGGGAAGCUGAAGAACAUUAUAGCAGCAACUCUUCCUCGAAGUACAGAGGAGGAGAGAGCAGCACUAGUAGCAGUAGCAGCAGGUACCGGCAGCACCAACAGGAGUCUGAUUCAGAACCAACGGUAGAAUCAGGUGAUGUUAACAGUACGACGGGCACCGCAACUAGAAGUGAAAGUCGCAAUAUCGGUUUUGGAGGAUGGGACGAGCUGGAAGAAGGCGACGACAACCGCCGCAGCAGCAGAUGGCGUGCACGAGCGUCGCCGGCGGAUACUGCUGCCGCUGGUGGUGCAGUGAGAACGAGUAGACCACCUGCAACUAGAAGGAGAAGAAGCAGAGGAGCUGCAGCUGCAAGGUACGGGCAGGCGCCCCUGCCGAUGCGCUUGCUCAUCGCGCUCUUCCCAUUCCUGGGUUCAUGGUUCAGAAUUAUGCUCUAAUUCCAUCAAUAACAAUCAAUUCCUCCACGAAGAAUAUUUAUCGUUGUUUCUCGUCCAGGUAUAUAUAUACCAAUGUGUAUGCAUAACAAGAUCGAUCGUCACGAUCCAGUGUGUGUAUUGCCUAUUUUCUUUUUUGAAA